AUGCGUAUCUCUCAAUUCCUCGCCGUGGCUGCUCACGUCACCAGCGUCUUGUCCUGCGCAGAGCAUAACAACCACUACUCUCUCAAGAACAAGAAGCGACACAUUGAUCCUCGAGCCGAACCUGGCAGUAAGGAUUGGGCUUACGAAGCAUCCUACAAUUGGGGACGAAUCAACCCUGAUUACCAUCUUUGCCAGACAGGAACUCAGCAAUCGCCCAUCCCCAUAGCUCUCAAGCAAGGCCUGUCUCUUGAGCACUUGAUCAAAGAAUGGAAUUAUCCCAAUGAGAUCACAGGAAACUUCUUCAAUUGGGGUUAUGGUCCGGCUUUUACUGUGCAGAAUGACGACGGCAUAUGGACCCAGAAUCCUUCUUUUAGCUUUGACAAUGAAACUGUCUAUCUCAAGGGCUGGCACAUUCACGCUCCUGCUGAUCACACUGUUGAAAGGCAUCGAUCAAGGGCGGAGCUUCAUCUCGUUCACGUCAACGAACAAGGCAAAGAGCGCGCCGUGCUCGCUAUCCGACUAGACCCAGGAAACAAAGAGAACAGCUUUUUGUCUCAGCUUCCCGCAAUGAUUGGUUUCAACGAAACUGAAACAACAGAGGAGACAACACUCAAUCACAGAUUGCUUCUUGAGAGUGUACAGUACUUUGACGAAUUCUGGACUUAUGAGGGAAGCUUGACUAGCCCACCUUGUACAGAGGGAAUUCGGUUUUUCAUCGCCAGGCAGAUUAUGUUCACGAGUGUUCAUCAAAUGAGGUCUAUCCUGGGCGCUUCGACAUACAGUGCUCGCGAGGAACAGCUUGUAUGGCGACAUCGCAUUAAUGUGUAA